AACUGGCAGAGGAUAGCCACUACAGGCUGAAUCCAGAUAUUGUUUGUUUUUAGCCAAGAUUGAUCAACACUAGCCACUAUUGUUUUGCCACCAGAUAUGGCUACGGCGGCCGCUCAGAAGGUUGCCGAGGUGCGCGAGGUGACGCGCCUGGAGCGGGUCGGCGCACACUCGCACAUCCGCGGCCUGGGCCUGGACGACGCGCUGGAGGCGCGGCCCGUCUCGCAGGGCAUGGUCGGCCAGCCGGUGGCGCGCCGCGCGGCCGGGCUCGUCCUGCAGAUGAUCCAGGAGGGCAAGAUUGCCGGCCGAGCUAUCCUCAUCGCUGGCCAACCGGGGACCGGCAAGACGGCGUUGGCCAUGGGCAUGGCGCAGGCGUUGGGACAGGAUACACCCUUCACCUCCAUGUCCGGUUCCGAGAUCUACAGUCUGGAGAUGAACAAGACGGAGGCGCUGAUGCAGGCCUUCCGCAAGUCCAUCGGCGUCCGAAUCAAGGAGGAGACGGAAAUCAUUGAGGGAGAGGUGGUGGAGAUCCAGGUGGACCGGCCCGCCUCCGGCACCGGCGCCAAGGUCGGCAAGCUGACGCUCAAGACCACCGAGAUGGAGACCAUCUACGACCUCGGCACCAAGAUGAUCGAGUCUCUUGUCAAGGAGAAGGCGCAAGCUGGUGACGUUAUCACCAUUGACAAGGCCACUGGCAAGAUCACCAAGCUGGGCCGUGCGUUCACGCGCGCGCGCGACUACGACGCCACGGCUCCCCAGACGCGCUUCGUGCAGUGCCCCGAGGGCGAGCUGCAGAAGCGCAAGGAGGUGGUGCACACGGUGACGCUGCACGAGAUCGACGUCAUCAACAGCCGGACGCAGGGCUUCCUGGCGCUGUUCUCCGGCGACACGGGUGAGAUAAAGUCUGAGGUACGGGACCAGAUCAACACCAAAGUGGCCGAGUGGAGGGAGGAGGGCAAAGCAGAGAUCGUGCCAGGAGUGCUCUUCAUCGACGAAGUGCACAUGCUGGACAUCGAGUGCUUCUCAUUCCUGAACCGUGCGCUGGAGAACGAGAUGGCGCCGAUCCUGGUGAUGGCCACCAACCGGGGUAUCACGCGCAUCCGCGGCACCAGCUACAGCUCGCCGCACGGCGUCCCCAUCGACCUGCUGGACCGCACCGUUAUCAUCUCCACCCGGCCGUACCAGGAGAGCGAGACCAAGCAGAUCCUCAAGAUCAGGUGUGAGGAGGAGGACGCCGAGAUGUCGGACGACGCGCUCACCGUGCUUACCCGGAUCGGCAUGGAGACGUCGCUACGUUACGCCAUCCAGCUGAUUACGCUCGCCUCGCUGGUGGCGCGCAAACGCAACUCGUCAGAGAUCGAGAUCGAGGACGUCAAGCGUGUGUACUCGCUGUUCCUGGACGAGACGCGCUCGUCGCAGUUCCUCAAGGAUUACCAAGACCAGUUCAUGUUCAACGAGAUCGGUGAUGGUGACGGCACCAGCAUGGAGACGUCAUAGACGAGGGAGGAAGGGCCAGUCACCACCCCCGGUGCCCUGACCGUGGAGGAUCAGUCACCACCUCCGGUAUUCCGACGGUGGAGGAAGGAUCAGUCCACCACCCCCGGUAGUCUCGACGGUGGAGGAAGGAUCAGUCACCACCCCCGGUAGUCUCGACGGUGGAGGAAGGACCAGUCACCACCCCCGGUGUCUCGACAGUGGAGGAAGGACCAGUCACCACCCUCGGCGUCCUGCGAGCGGGGGUCGAAGCGGCGGCGCACAUCCACAUCUUAUGUACUCGUCAUUGCACAUCGGCCGGGCAGCGUCCGGCGCGGGCCGGAUUUUUUGUUGGCAGAGCGUUGGUGCGUGGUUGCAUUUGAUUGUCAAUCGUUCUACGUUCGCUGUGCCUAUUUUGGUAAUACAGCACCAUCAUUGCGAG